GUCAAAGCUUUGUAUCGGGUCGUUGCAUUGGUUGCUUGCUUUGUUGAUUUAUAUUUCUCUAAUAAUAAAGCGAUAGCUUAUCUUUCAGAUUCAGGACAGCCACGCCACGACGGUUAUUGGCAAUUGGUUUAAUAUUAUAUUGUCGCCGCGCCUCUUACGAUAAAUUUAUCGCACGGAUACGUCACUUUUGCAAAAUUCGAAACACAUGCUUUAAAAUUUAUGUACUGUUAAUUUUGUGACCAUAAGUGGAUGUGCUGUGCUAAUCUAUAAGUUUAAAUAAAAAAACCUUAAUUCGAGUGAAAUAAAGUAUAAAAUUAGUGGUUAAUUUAUCAAAAUGUCGGCGUUAAAUAAUUUCUCCGUGUCAGUAGCGAGAAGCUUGCGGCGUCUUCGUAAUAAAGACCUGACGAAUGAUUUACCGACGCGGUCUCCGAAGCGUCGUGGGAGUUCGGCCUCAAAAGAACUAGACCCGAAAAUGAAAAUGGACAAAUGUCUGAUUGUUUCAAAGGCCACAAGAUACGACUACGAAAAACAUAGUCACGAUAAUAUAUCGGACGUGGAGUUGGAGAGGAUAUUGAGGCAGCGCGGUUCAGACUACGACAUGAUCAUGGCGAACCACAGAGAACAGAAGGCGUUUGAGGAGGGCAUCGCGAAAAAUCUCAAGGACAUGGGCAUCAAGGUUGAAAUGGCUAGCAGACGUACGUACAAUGAUGAAUUGAUAAAGUGGUGCGACGUUGUGGUGCCCUGUGGUGGGGACGGAACUUUUUUAUUGGCGGCCUCAAGAGUCCGAGAUCCCAAUAAGCCCGUGAUAGGUUUGAACAGCGCCCCGCACAAGUCCGUGGGACGUCUCUGUCUGCCCACGUGGUGCUCGAACGAUGUGAAGGGCGCGCUCCACGCCCUCAAGGAGGGUCGAUUCCGUUGGAUGCGUCGUUCAAGGAUACGCACGACGGUCACCUGCGAACCUAAACACCUGGACACCAUCACGCCAGUCGACUUACACACGCUGCAUUACAGCAGGUACCCGCCUGUGCAUAGCGCAGAAUACAACACAGACACCAAGAGGCCACUCGGAAUAGACGCACAAGGAGAUAACUCCACAUUGGCCACCAAGGUUCUGCCGUUUCUGGCGUUGAAUGAGGUUUUCAUAGGCGAGAGCGUGACGUCUAGGGUUUCGGUACUGAGGUUGCAGAUCGACAACGGCAAGUGGACGCACACGAAAAGCUCCGGCCUCUGCGUGACCACCGGAACCGGAAGCACCUCCUGGCAUUUCAGCAUAAACUGCCUCAGAACGCAUUCGGUUCUCGAACUGAUGAAGAUACUGGCCCAAGAUUACAACGUUAAGCUCGACACGAGUCUAGAGAAAGCCCGGGAGGUCGCCGAGAGAUACAACAAGAAGCUCAUGUUCGGACCUGAAUCGGAGCAGCUCGCAUAUUCAGUCCGGGAGUACAUAACUUUCGAGGAGUGGCCGGCGCCGCGGGGGCUGCGCGUCCGGGACCGCGCGUCCGCCGUCUGCGUGCGCUCGCACUGCACUGACGCAGGGCUAGUCAUAGACGGCAGUGUAUCCUUCCCGUUCAACGACGGUACUGAGGCUCUCCUGGAGAUCCACCCGGAGGACUCCCUUAUGACCGUGCAAAUGGACGACGCUUUACCGUAUUGAACUAGUUCAAUGAAAAAACAACUGUAUUUAGAUCAAUAUAGAAUCUAAAAUAAUAAUUCAAUAAUAACGGCUGAAUAAAAUAUAAUAUAUUUCCUGUGAACAGUGAACGUUUUGUUGGAUUAAAGAUUAGAUCGAAGAAUGUAAGGGACGUAAAAAAAAAUAUUUUAAUAAAAUAAACUAAAUGUCGUGUCGUGUCGUGUCGUACGGUAUAAAUGUCGGGUGUUAGAGCGAAUAUAGCUUUAGCUUAAAUCGUCUGAGACACACAGCCUAGCGUUGUAUGAAGGCUGUCAAAUGUUCUGUCAAUGUCACUUAUUUGUAGUAGUAGUUCUAUUUUUCCGACUGGAAAGUCGAAGAUGUCACACUAUACAGCCUAAUCGUUUGUAUACUCUGCUAUAUAAAAAAAAAAUUGUGUUUAAAAUGUUAUGAGUGGAUGAAGUUGUGUGUAUUUGAGACUGUAUAGGAUGAAAUAAAAUAUCAGUAAAAUUGUGUUUAUUUAUAAAUACUUGUGGACUUUUUGGAAGAACCCGAGGAGCUACGUCCAGCGACUGUUUCAUUUUCCCACAUUUAUGCACUUUCACCGACUCCUAACGGUUAAUAAACCAACGUUAUUAAACAUUUAAACCCGAAGAAACACAAUACUAACAAAACAAAUGAAUUCAUACGACUUGGCAACCUGUGUUCAUUCCCGUCAAAAGGUGACGCUUAUUUGACAAAUGAAAAUCUGUACAAAUAAAAUAGUUCUAAUAUGAUGACUUUUUGGCGGGAACGCGUUGAGUGAAGUUGUGUGAUUUGUUUUAUUUUGUCUAUUUAGUGUUUCUUCAGGUUUAAAUGUGUAAUAACGGUGAUUUAUGAACUGUUUAAUAUCUGUGAAAGUGCACAAAUGUGCGAAAAUGAAACAAAACCGCUGGACGUAACUUCUCGAGAUCCUCGAAAAAGUCUCAGUAAAUGACCACCAUUUUACUAGAUUAUAUUUCAUCUCAUAUCAUAUCAUCUAUUUUCAUUUCAUUUCAUGCCAUGUUUCAUAUUAAUCAACUUCUUUUCAUUUUAUAAUAUCAUUUUUCAUAUAAUAAAAUAUAUAUAAAAGAUUAAGGCUGUAUGAUAUGAUACCUUUGCCUUUCCAGUUGGAAAAAUAGAACUACUACUAUAUAAUAUUAUUAUAACAUUUUAGUUUAGGCAGUAAAUAUGUUAAUAAUUAAAUAGUAUUUUUAAGGUGUUGUAACAAAAUGUGUAAGUUUUUUAUAUCUAAGUAGAUUUUGUUUUGGCUUAGCAUCAAUCAAUGGCCAGUAAGACUGAGAUAUAUAUAUUUAUUAUGGUUGAAUGUUUUUGUUUGUUUGGUUUUUGUGUUCCGUUCAUUUCUAAACACGUCUAGAAUUCGAUUUUGAGAUUUAGUGAAAAUAAAUAUGGAAUUUAAUUAAAAAUGUUACGCAAAAGUCAAUCACUACAUUAUACUGAGUGUAUUUAUUGUGUUAGAAAAGAACAUACUGUGAAUAAUAAUGACGAUAUGUGAGUCGUCUAUUAUCAAAGGUGGCAAUCUGUGCAUUUGGACAAAAAAAUGUUAUUGAUAUGUCAAUACAGAUUGAUUUGAAUAUAAUCGUCUCCUUCAAAGAAUACGGUUCAAAACCUGCAUUAAAUAAAGGUUAAUAGUUAACCUGUUAUUUAUCUAAGAUGUCGUUCAGAAGAGUUUUGUGACUGCCAAUGGAAUACAAAGUCAAUAAUUCGAUUUUCUGAUUUACCAAUAAUUGUCCAAAAGUCACAUUGCCGGCUUUGAUAAUAGUCGACUCAUGUGCAAUGAAAAAAAAUUAUGAAUAACAAUUUAUUUCGCAAUUAGUCGGCAUUGUGUUACGCUCUCUGGGAAAAUGUAUUAAGGGGGUAUGUUUGCAAUUAAUAGAAAUCAAACCCGCAAAAUUAUAAUUUGCGUAAUUACCGGUGGUAGGACCUCUUGUGAGUCCGCACGGGUAGGUAUCACCGCCCUGCCUAUUCCUGCCGUGGAGCAGUAAUGCGUUUCGGUUUGAAGGGCGGGGCAGCCGUUGUAACUAUACUGAGAUCUUAGAACUUAUAUCUCAAGGUGGGUGGCGCAUUUACGUUGUAAAUGUCUAUGGGCUCCAGUAACCACUUAACACCAGGUGGGCUGUAAGCUCGUCCACCCAUCUAAGCAAUAAAAAAUAAAAAAAUUACCUAGCAACACCCGUGUGCAUUAAUGUUGCCAUAUGAGAAAUUAAAAUACAAAAUUAUUAAUGUGUUCGAAUUAGCUUUUUUUUACGAUUGAAGAAUUACUGGUGGCACGGAGGCCUUUCCAGUUUCACGAGGACAGCUGGGCGAGCAAAGGCUCAGCCAGGAGGGCUGGGAUUUGCUAACAGCUGCCCGAGCGCCUCCGAAGGAGACCUAAAAAUACAAGAGCAGCUGUUUCGCGAAUCAAUCUACUACCGGAUCGGAAACGCGACCCGCUGAGAAGAUCCGGCGAGAAACUCAGUGGGCUUGUGUCGUUGAUUCAAAUGUUACAGUAUUCGAAACAAAGUGAUGACAAAUAAAAAAAGCGAAAAUAAACCGUAAAAGAAGUUUUAAUCAUUUAAAAAAAAAAGGUAUAAAUAUGUAGUUUUACGUAGUUUGAAGGGCGGGGCAGCCGUUGUAACUAUACUGAGAUCUUAGAACUUAUAUCUCAAGGUGGGUGGUGCAUUUACGUCGUAGAUGUCUAUGGGCUCCAGUUACCAUUUAACACCGGGUCGGCUGUGAGCUCGUCCACUCAUCUAAGAAAAAAAAAACCUAUUCGUGUAAGUGUAAAAUUUUGUAAAAUUUAAUUUAAGAGAUAGCACAAUAUAAUAUUAUGUUUUAUUACAGUUUAGUUUGUCUUAGAUUUAGAAUGGCCUAUUAUUAUUCCAAUAUUAUUUUAUGGUAAUUUAACAAUAGUAAAAUGUGAAAUGUAUCGAUUUGUGUAUUUUAAUUGAGUUAUAACGGAAUUAUUAACACUAGUGCUGGCGCUUCGUAAUAAUAAAAUCGAUUAAUAUAAAAAAA